AUGAACCUCAAGACUGGUCAGGUCGUUAUUGGCAUCUCCGACUUCUACAUAAGAUUCAGCGAUCGAAAAAACCGGACGCGCACAAAACUCCUCGACGCGUCCGUCGAAGGGUACGAUGGUGUGACACUGUUCCCGCAAUCCGACGAUCUGAUCGGCAGACACAUCCUGUAUCGGUAUACCACGCGGGACACCUACGAGCAUAUCCAUUUGAAUCGGAGCACAUCCACAUGGCACUGUUUGAGUGGCACACAGAAAGGCCUAGCAGAUACCGAGCCAUGCAAACUCCUGAAGCUUGCAGAGAACCUGUAUCUUCUGUUAUGGAGUGAGAAGAUGAUGCCUGUGGAGUCUAUUGUCGUAGUUGAUCUCGAUCGGAUGAGGUCUGCCGGCCGCUCCUUCUGCCGGGACCUGAAACCGGCGAAACCUGUGCAGAUGAUGUUUGGGUCCUAUGCGUGUGUAUUGGCGGAGACGGAUGCUGCUGGGGUUGUUGCGAGGCAGCAGGAAACGAAAGGAUGUUGUGCUGGGGGGAGACCCUGGCCGGGACCGAGUCAUGCUUGCCAUACUCGCAGUCUCGCACACCGCGUGGCCCUUAUGGAAGUACUCUGUAAGGGUGCGGUGGGGACGGAACAUUCUCCGCUGCUGCCGAUCCUUUUAGUUUCCUCUUUAUUUUUCUUGGUACUUCUGGAAGACGGGGAAGAACGUCUUUUGUCUGAACCUCUGAACGUGGUCCAUGGUGCACCAGCAUGCCUCAUCACAAGACUUCCAACACGCGAAAAAGCGUCAAGUCGCGCGCGUCUCAAAUGCGAUGAGAAGAUACCGUCAUGCACGCCGUGCGAAAAGACGGAAUUAGACUGUCCCGGCUACAAGAGAGACGUGAGAUGGUCGUCAAAGCACGAGAUUCUGCAGCCAAAGACCUCGAAUAGCCAAGUUCAACGUCGACUAUCUCGUGACGCCUGGUUUGUUGACUGCGCUACCAGAUUGCAAGAUGCCAUUGUCAUGACACGAACGGCGAGAGGGAUCGCCUCCAGGACUGCACAGCCAAACCUGGUAUAUAUGGAAUCGACAACCGAUAAGCACUUGCGCUACUACUUCUCACACGUAUGCGGCAUUCUCUCGGCUUACGACUCGCCCACCAAUCCAUUUCGCUCGCUGGUCAAAGAUCUCAUCCACCAGGGCUCGUAUCCAGCGCUAUUAAAAUCCGUCCUGGCCAUGUCCGCUGCCCAUCUGUACCAGGACGAUAAAGACCGGAUAAGGCAUUCCCUUGAGCCCCGGACUCAAGCUAUAUCCUCCUUGGCGUCGCAGAUUUCCGCGUUGGAUUUGGCCGAUGAUGAAACCGAGGUUGUUUCUCUGCACAAGCGGGGCAAGUUUGGCCCAGACUCAAGCUCGAGCACGACCGCUUUGCUGUUGAGUGCUGUAAAUCUAGGGAUGACUUCGACAUGGCACGAAGUCUUCUCCCUAGAUUUGAUCCACCUCCCGGGGUCCCGAGCCCUAUUCAAACGGUGGAUCAGCGACACCAACUUGCACUCCGGUUCCGCUGGCCCGGCCCCCCGUCACCCGCAAGCCGAUUUUCUGAGCGGCAUGAUGGCCAUGUUCGAGUGUCUGAGCUCAUUCCACGUUGACCAGGACCUUGCCGCAGUGGACUAUCUUUGGCCAUUUUGCGGGUAUCCCGAAACAACGACCAGGAACAAGUACCGUCCCAACCCACUAACUGGCGUCAGCGCCGAGCUGUUUAUCUACAUGGCAAAAGUAGGCACGAUAUCAAGGCAGCUCGAUGUGGUGAACCGCGUGCGGACCCUAUCUAUUCCCGGAACUUACGAAGGCGAAGGAGACCUCAUGUACCACUCGCUCCUGCAGAAAGCGAGGGAGAUUGAGGCUUCGGUGCGUGCAUACACGCCACCUUCCAUACAUCGGAUGCAGGAGACAGGAGAUGAGCUUACGCCGUUAGCGCACUUCUAUAUUAUGGGCCAGGUCUACCAGCUCGCUGUACUGCUGGAGCUCUACCGCAUGUUCCCGGAGACAACAGAGAAUCAGAACGAGCCACCAAAUCCUGACCGCAACCACAGUCCGCCGCACACAAAGCAUCGGCAUCUCCUCGUCAGCCUCGCCAUCAACAUCCUAACGCUACUUUGCUCCAUCCCACGCACCUCGCGAACAAAAGCCAUGCAGAUGAUCCCGGUAGCAAUUGCCGCGAGCGCACUGCAGGGCGUCCCGGACCCUCAAAUAAGCACCCAGUACCCGAAUCUCAAUCAAACCGUUGAGUGUUUGACGUUGCACAGUACUACAAGCACCACCAUAAUAAAAUACUGGCGAACUCGGGCCAUGGAGACGAUAGCUGGUAUCAGGUAUUACGUCGGCCUGGAAUCUGCGGACGUGGUCAAGCGCGUUGUGGAGGGCGUCUGGCUGCGCGCUGAUAGUCGGGUCAUGUCUGCCGGUGCUGCUGCCCCGUUGGUCAGCUGGACCGAUGUGAUGAGGGAGGAGAACCUGCAGACGCUCUUCUGUCAAUUUGUGGCGCACGGCCUCGUAAUAUAA